AUGCGUGUGUGUGUCGCGUGUAAUGCAUAAAAAAUGCAAGCAACAAUGAGAAGAUGCACUUGAGAGAGACAUUGAGACAAAAUAACGAAGCUAUUGAAGACAACGAGCAGAGAGUCGAGCCGUUCGUUAUAAUAAUCACACCGAAAACGAGAUAAAAACGAUUGCGGUUAGCUGCCCGAAACUGGAAAAACCACCGGAAAUUAACGCCAGAUUGCAAUGUUUUUGUUUUACAAUCGACGCAUUUUUGUCAUUAUAUUAAUUGAAUUUCUGCUGCUGCUGCUGAGCGAUGACAAUGGACAACCAACGCUGACCAAGUUGCCGACAACAGUUGCUGCCGCUACACAAUCGAAAAACUCAACAACACUAAAGCCGUAUAUACAGAUCAAGAAGCACGCCGUCACAAGACUGACCAUAACCAAUCCGAAUGCCACCCACUUACUGCACUGCAAUCCCAUCAUAAAUCCGUAUGACUACUACCAGGACGGCGCUCCCAUCUACUGCAGCUGGUACCGCAACGGCGAGGCCAUCGAGCACUUGGCCAUUCGCAACAAUCAGUUCUUCAUCUAUAAGAAUGGCACGCUGCGACUGCCGCCCAGUGAGCGCAUCAGCGGCGUCUAUCAUUGCCUAAUUGAGUCGGAUGACAUGAAAGUCAUAUCCGACAGCAUCACAGUCGAGUAUCCAGUGCUGAAACGUCUUGUGCUUGGCCCCCAGCAGAGCGCCAACGUAAGCGUCCCGGCGGAGGGAAACCUUGUGCUCGGCUGUCCCUUUUUUAGUGUGCCCGCUGCUCGCAUCAGCUGGUACUUUGGCAACGAGUCCUUGGCGAAUGAUAGCAGCGCUUUUAUCCUGAGCAACGGCACGCUCAUAGUGCGCAAGGUGCGACAGGAACAGGCCGGAAAAUACAAAUGCGUGGCCAAGAACCAGUACGCCAGCAGAACGCACCGCCAGUUCGUGUGGCUGGUGCGUGUCGAGCCGAAUGCCAGCGGGCCACAGACAGUGGCCACAACGACAACGCAUCUGUUGCCAGCCUUCCAGAAUGCCACACUGUAUGUGCCCACAGGAGGGUCGCUGCAGCUGCAGUGCCACGCGAUGGAGGACUAUGUGCCCAUCGAAUGGUGGCUGCAGCAUCCGAACAACUCCCUGUCCCAGCUGAGCAACAAUAGCAUGACGCUGGAAAUAACGAACGCCAGCAUGGCCCGGCAUGAGGGAUACUACAUGUGCACCACGCCCACAGACAGGCAGACGUUCCGGGUGAUAGUCACCGUUCCGCCGAGAAUAGUUAGCUCGCUGCCCGUGGAGCUGGGCUACAUCAGUUUGUCGACAACGCUCAGCUGUCGCGCUGAGGGCAAUCCGGAGCCCACGCUCAGCUGGUACCACAAUGGAGCACCGCUAAACAGUUCCUAUACGCGCUACAUCAGUGGCAACGAGCUGUACAUCCACUCCUUCGAUCCGGAGGAGGAGGGCAUCUAUCAGUGUUUCGCGCGCAACGUAGCCGGCGAGGAUUCCGUCACCGGCGAGAUGCGCUUCAAGCACCAGCUAGAGCAGCCGAAUCCGCUGCAGAACAUACGCUGCUACCCGCACAGCUUCCACACCAUCAAUGUCACCUUUGACAGCCGCACCCUGGAGUCGAUGUUCGUGGUGCACAUUGUGCGCAGCAAUCCGCAUCAGUGGAGCUCGUUUGCGCCCAUGAAACUGAAUCACACCUCGUUUGUGGUGAUCUCAACUGGCCUGCCCAUCUAUCGUCCCUUUGCGCUAAUCACCCGAUUCCUGCUGCCCACCUCGGAGGUGCGCUCGGGCAGCUUAGUGCCACAGCAGAUGAUGAUUAGCUCGCUGCGCAGUCCGGCCGUUGUCUGCUGCACCCAGGGCUUGCUGCUGCGGCUGGUACACCUAGGCAACGACACCUUUGUGAAGUGGUCGCAGGCGGAGCUGGACAACAAAAAGUAUUUCAUACUGCAGUUCUCCAUCAAUCACACCCAUCCGCAUCCCGCCCAGCUGCUGGAUGGGCCGCUGCAUGGCACCGUCACGGCCGUGGAGGAGAAGCCCGACGAGGUGCGUCGCCAGCUGACCAUCAUUCGGCCGCUCAAUCAGUCGGCUGCUGCCACAGUGCUGCGCAAUGCGGAGCACGAGGUGCUGGACAACGAGGUGGACGACCAGACGCUCGAAAUAGAGGAGGACAUCUUCAGCCUGGUGGUGGAUGCCAACGUCACUGGCCUGCUCCUGCAUCACUUCAGUCGCAUCAAGAUGCGUGUCCUGAUCAUCACCAGCGAGAACGAGUAUCUCGCCCAGGACUUUCGCUACGUACAGUGGAAGAUUAUCGAGAACGGCACAUCGGAUCAGGCCAACAUGUCCUUUCGCCUGAUUACCGUGGAGUCGCGCAUGCUGGCCUUCCAGUUCCUGGACAGCCUCAAUGACACCUGCGUCUACGAGUGCCACCUGCACGUGCAGCUGCCGCUGCGCAAGCAGGAGCCCAAGUGCAAGGAGCGCACCAUUGUCAACUCGGUGCUGCUCGUCUCGGGUCUCAGUGCCAAUGAGCGCUACAAUUUCCACUUCUACAAUUGCAAGCCGCAAAUCUUCUACGGCGAAAUGGAUGUGCAGACGCUGCCAGACCCGCCCGGCACUAUCAGCAAUUCGCGCGUGGUCAAGCACAAUGGCCUGAAGCUUAUAUGGGAGCCACCGCUGCAUCCCAACGGACGCGUCCAUCACUAUAACAUUCUCUGGACUCUGGGCAAUGUGACUCACGAGGCGAAUGUGCUGGAGUGUCGUCCUUGCUUCUAUAAGUUUCCCAAUGUGUCGGAGACCGACAAGAUUCAUGUGGCCGUGCGUGUCGUUGGUGAGACGGGCGUGGGCGCGCCCAUGUUCUUCGACCUGAUCAAUCAUCACAUACUGGAAACGGUGCAGAACUCGUCGAAUCAUGAAGUCUAUAGCGGCAUCGCCAUCGGCUCGCUGCUGUCGAUGCUUUGUGUUUUUUGCUUUGCGCUCUUCAUCAUAUUUCAGAGGCGUCGAUUCAAGGCACGCGCCCCGGGGCCAACGCAUUUGGCCACGCCCACCGACAUCAAUUUCGGCAAUCUGAGCAGUGCCUCGGGCAUACCGGGUGACAGUGCCGGUGGCCUUAGCGGCAACACAAUGCAGCAGGACUGCCACGAAAUGCAGACACUGAUUCCGCGCUCCCGCUACCACAUCGAGCUGCUGCCCGAGCGCACGCUGGAGUACCAGACGAGCACAGCGGCGGCAGCAACGUUGCCGAAUGGCAAUGGCAAUGGCAACGGCAACGGCAACGGAACGGCUGUACGGCGUUCGGAUCAGGAAGCGCAACUGGACCUCACCAUUGCGGGCGUGCACAACCUAUCACAGCUGCCACUGUGCGCCGGCUCGCCGGAGCGUAAAACCGUGCAGGAUGCCAUGCUCCAAGAGGCAAAGGCCUUCUACAUACCCUACCGCCACACGCCACCCAAUGCAGUGGCGCUACAGGCAGGCGGCAGCAGCAACUCCAAUGCCAGCCACAAGCAGAGCUCCUCAAAGAACAGCGAUAGCGGCCUGGAGGUGGCAGUGCCGCCCAAUUCGCUGCCGCUGGUGGCCACCGUGCCGGGGCUGGGCAGACGCAGCGGCAGCUUGAGCAGCAGCAGCGCCAGCAGCACCAGCAACGGCAGCAAGAAGCAAUUCCAUACAAAUUUCGCGCGGCACUCGAAUUCCAAUGAUGGCAUCUGCCUGCUGGCCGAGGAGGAGUCGGCUGCGACGCUGACGCCGACAUCGGAGCACGAGUACGCGUGUGUUAGUCUCACCAACGGUUUCAAGUUGCCCGCCGAAAUGACAAAGCAAAUGCCGAGCAAAAGCCAAUUUAGCAACAACAAUAACAGCAGCAGCAGCAGCAACCCGAAGUCAACUGCUGUACAGCAGAAGGAUCGCCAGCAGCAGCAGCAGCAGCAGCAGCCGCCGACGUCGCAGCAGUAUCCUUCUGCAUCCAUAGUUCCUGUCAACGGGCCACAGACGCACUCUGUGGGCGUUAAGAGCAAAAAGGCGACGACAAUGGCCAAGCAGGCGUGGCCAGCGUCUACGGCUCUGAAUCGGCGUGCCCAAGUCGAUCCAAAUGGCUGAACCUAAAUAGCUGGCAUUGUCGUCGUCGCCUCGCCAAGCAAAAGUAUUCCAUGAAGCUACUACUACACAUACACAUACACAUACAAUUCACUCUACACACACACAUGCACACAUGCACACAUACACAUUCGCAGCUCGAAACAUUCCAAACAUUGUGGAUCCCUAUAUUUGCAUUAGUUCAGUAUAAGGACACACACACAUACAUACAUAAGUAUAUGCUUAGUUAUAUGAAGUACAUUUUAUAAAUGUAUUUAUUUAUCUUUAUCUCUAUCCUUAUCUUUAUCUUCGAGAGCUAAAGUCGAACCAUGAGAAUACGGAUAAUAUACGAGAAUCUACGUACAUAAGCAGCAUAUUUAUAUACAUACAUAUAUAUAUGU